AUGGAUUUACUUGAUAUUGCUCAAAAGUUUCGAGCUGGGAAACAUCAUUCAGCUCAUAAUGAUGAUGUAUUUAUCGAUCGUUUAAAUCACCGUUAUACUGUGACGGCCAUUCUUGUUUUUGCUGGUAUUGUUACAACUCAACAAUAUUUUGGAUCGCCAAUUAGUUGUUGGUUUACUGGUAGUUAUGAAAAAUAUGCCAAUGAUAUAUGCUGGAUAAUGAACACGUAUUAUGUGCCAAUGAAUGAUGAUAUACCACAUUCAGAAACAAGGAGAUAUGAAAAAAUGUUAAAAUAUUAUCAAUGGUCACCAUUUAUUUUAAUGUUUAUGGCAUUAUGUUUCUAUUUUCCUCGUAUGUUAUGGCGUACAUUAAAUAAUAAAUCAGGUCUUGAUAUUGAAAAUUUAGUUGGUGCUGCUAUGGAUCAAGAAAAAGCUGAAAAAUAUGAAGAAAAACAAAAAACAAUCGAGUAUAUUGUGGGUUCAAUUCGACAUUAUGUUGAAAAUCGUUAUAAUUCUCGUUUGACACCAUUAUCUGCCCAACAUAAUUUAACACACGGUAAGAAACAACCGGAAAAUUUAUUAAAAAAAUUUGGUCGAAUUAUUUUUUUUUGGACAAGUCGGCGUUUAAGUUGUUAUCUUGUUGUAUUAUUCACGGUUGUUAAAUUGUUAUAUUUUACAAAUUCUGUGAUACAAAUAUUUUUGUUAAAUGCCUUUCUUGGUAAUGAUUAUCAUCUAUUUGGAUUUGAAGUACUGAAUAAAUUUGUUCGCGGUCAAGAUUGGGGUGAAAGUAAACGUUUUCCAAGAGUAACAUUAUGUGAUUUUCAUAUUCGAGAAAUUGGUAUUGUUCAUCGAUAUACGGUACAAUGUGUACUACCAAUUAAUUUAUUUAAUGAAAAAAUAUUCUUAGCUCUAUGGUUUUGGAUCUUAUUAUUAGCAGCAUUCAAUAUAGGCGAUCUUUUAGCGUGGCUCUCACGUGUCAUUCGUGCUGAUAGUCGGACAUAUUAUGUACGAAAAAAACUAGCAAUGACCCGUUCAACAACAGAUGGUGAUAAAUCAGAUAAUGAUAAAAUAAUAGCAAAUGAAUUUGUUCAAAAUUAUUUACAAGAAGAUGGUUGUUUUGCAUUACGUUUAAUAGCACGAAAUGGACAAGAUUUAAUUGUUGGAGAUAUUGUCAGAGAGUUAUACAAUGGUUUUAAAAAAAAAUACAUAGAAUCUCGUACAGAUACAGAUCAUUUAUUACCAGAACAACAAAAUUUAUUUCCUACAUCAAGACCAAUUAUGGUAACAUCAACUACAACAACAAUAGAAAAUAAUUUUGGGAAACACCCCGAAGAACGAGAACGAUUUAAAACAUAG